AAUUAUUAAAUACUCGUACUUUGAAGAGCCAACACUUAAAAGGCUAAUGCCUUCAACUAAGUUGUGAUUAUUCUACACAGUAAACAACACAUCAUCAUCAACCAACCACUAUCAUUAAAAGUGUGAUAAUAAUACUGAUCAUAUACAUACAUAUGUAUAUAUAUUUUCUUUAAGAGCUGAUAGUGUAGCGGAUCGUCUCGAAACUAUCACAUCAUAAGGCAACCAUAGUGCUCGCUCGCUCGUAAACGGUUCUAAAGUGCGUUCGUUGUGUUUUUAAUUUAUGUGUGUGUUUGUUGGUUUUUUUUUGUAACGAUAAAUUUAUCAUUUGAAAACUAAAAUACGAAAAAUCUAAAGAAAAAGAAAACAAAGAAAUAUCUUAAUUAAAAUGCUGGCUAAAUGUUUAAAAGUAACAUUGAUCUGUUUGCUGCUGGCAAUUAGCAUUGUGAAUGCAUGCACUCGUGCUCCUACUCAUUUGCCACAUGGUCGUCGUACACGCGGUGAUAAUGGAUACAAAUUAAUUGUCGCUGAUGGCCCCAAUGGUUAUGUGCCAGGAAAAGCUUAUAAUAUUCUCCUACUUGGCUCCCGUACACAUUCCAAAGUUCAACACUUUACUCACUUUACCAUCACUGCUGAAGCCCAUAUAGGUGGCAGACGCCCCAUACCGGCAAAUCCUAAACGUGUUGGACGCUUCCAAUUAUUCAGCGACUCUCUUACCAAAUUCAGUGAUCGUUGUGUUAAUACCGUGGCUGAGGCUGAUGAUUUGCCCAAAACUGAAAUUCAAGUAAUGUGGGUGGCACCAGAAGCUGGUUCUGGUUGUGUUUCUCUAUCGGCUAUGGUCUACGAAGGACCACGUUCAUGGUUCUCAGAUGAUGGUCAAUUGACGCAAGUGAUAUGCGAAAAGAAACCCGAUUCAACCACUGUUCAUAAGGAGUGUUGUGCUUGCGAUGAAGCCAAAUAUAGUUUUGUUUUCGAGGGUAUUUGGUCGAAUGAAACUCAUCCCAAAGAUUUUCCCUUCACCGUUUGGCUAACACACUUUUCCGAUAUUGUGGGUGCCUCUCAUGAAUCCAAUUUCUCGUUCUGGGGUGAGAAUCAUAUAGCUACUGAUGGUUUUAAGCUGUUGGCUGAAUUCGGUUCACCUAGUGGCUUAGAGACAGAACUUAGAGCUAAAGGUCCCAAAUUGCGCACCCUAAUUAAGGCUGCUGGUCUUUGGUAUCCCAAUGUUAAUUCCAAUGCUUCUUCAACAUUCCGUGUGGAUCGUAAACAUCACAAGGUUUCAUUGGUGUCUAUGUUUGGUCCUUCACCCGAUUGGGUAGUGGGUAUAAACGGUGAAGACUUGUGUACGGCCGAUUGUUCUUGGAAAGAGUCCAUGGACUUUGAUUUGUAUCCUUGGGAUGCUGGCACUGAUAGCGGCAUCACCUAUAUGUCUCCGAAUUUGGAAACUCAACCCAGAGAACGUAUGUACCGCAUUACUAAUAUGUAUCCUGAGGAUCCUCGUUCUCCAUUUUACAAUCCUCAAUCGCGGGAGAUGACUCCUUUGGCUAAGUUGUAUAUCAGAAGGGAAAAGAUUAUUUCAAGAAAUUGUGAUGAUGACUUCUUGCAAGCUUUACAAGUGGAAGUCUCAGAUAAUAGUGAAAAUCAAGAUACCAGAAUGGAAUGUCGUGUUACUGACUAUAGUGAUUGGGCACCUUGUUCGGUUACUUGCGGCAAGGGUAUACGCAUGCGUUCCCGUCAAUAUUUGAGUCCCGAGAAGGCUGACAAGGCAAAAUGCUCUAGACAAUUGGUGUCAAAGGAAAUGUGUGUUGCUGAUAUACCAGAAUGUGGAACACAACAAGAUGAUGAUGACGAGGGUGAAAAUUUAGCUAAAUCAAUCUCGUUAGUCAAUGAAAAUGGUGAUGGAGCUGGCGUUUGCCAGACCACAGCCUGGAGUCCUUGGUCUGACUGUUCAGCUACCUGUGGUAUCGGCAUUACAAUGCGUACUCGUACUUUCUUAAACCAUGCGGGUCGUAAACGUUGUCCCCAUGUUUCGGUGGUCGAAAAACAAAAAUGCAUGAAACCCGAGUGUACAUUUGAACAAAUUGAAUUGCCUGAUCCCAUGUGUCCCACCACUCAGUGGAGUGAUUGGAGUCCUUGUACGGCAACUUGCGGCAAGGGUGUAACUAUCCGCAGACGUAUUUUGUUGUUGGAAGAUGAUUCGGUCAAGGAAAAUUGCACCAAACGUAUGGAAUUAGAUCAACAAAAGGAGUGUACCGUGGCUCAAGAUUGUACCAUCACUUACGAUAUGGCUAAAGAAAUUUGCGUGGAACGUUUCGAUACCGGUCCCUGCCGUGGCAAUUACAUGCGCUAUGCCUACAACAAGGAUAAUGGUCGCUGUGAAACCUUUACUUACGGCGGCUGUCGUGGUAAUCGUAAUAAUUUCCUUACCGAAAACGAUUGCAUGAACAGUUGCAGCAUUUUGUCUAACACCAAUGGUUCACCACAAGUUACCACUUCUCGUCCAAGCACCACUUUAUCGCUAGCAGCAGCUCAUCGUGCAAAAACUGAUCAAGAGGAUGGUAUUCCGGAAGCUUGUGUUAUGACUGAAUGGUCUAAUUGGUCUGAAUGUAGUGUACGUUGCGGUCUGGGCUAUUCAGAACGUUAUCGUUAUGUUAUAAGUGAACCUAAGAACGGUGGUCAGCCUUGUCCUAAACGUACUGUUAAGAGACGUCGUUGCACCAUGACCGAUUGCUAAAGGACAUUUAAGCAACAACUUAAUAAUUGUAAAAUUCAUAAUUUUAACAAAUGUUUAUUUGUAGAUUCAAUUUAAUAAAGAAUUAGAUUUCCUUUAGAUUAGA